GCGGCCGCCGUAGAUCGUCUUUGUCAGCUCACGUGAUCUGAUCACAGCGAAAACGGGCGAUUUUUGAUAGCCCGCGAUAACAAAAAUUGUGAGAAGCCAGGACGCAGCAGCCAUCGGUAUACCGUUCAUCAUGCCUCAGAACGAGUAUAUCGAGAGAUGGCAGAAGCAGCACGGGAAGCGCCUCGACCACGAGGAGCGUACCCGGAAGCGGAUAGCCCGUGAAUCGCACAAACAAUCCCAAGAUGCACAGACCCUCCGCGGCCUACGGGCCAAACUCUACCACAAGAAGCGCCAUGCCGAAAAGAUCCAGAUGCGCAAACGCAUCAAGGCGCAAGAAGAAAGAGAUGUCAAGUCCGCCGCGCCCAACGAGCCCUCUACGACCCCUCUGCCACAAUAUCUCCUCGACCGCUCCCAGGCCACCAAUGCCAAGGCCCUUUCGAGCGCGAUUAAAGAGAAGCGAGCGGAAAAGGCGGCCAAGUUCUCGGUUCCACUGCCUAAGGUGAAGGGCAUCAGUGAGGAGGAGAUGUUCAAGGUUGUUAAGACGGGGAAGAAGACGUCGAAGAAGAGCUGGAAGAGGAUGAUUACGAAGCCCACUUUUGUGGGUAAUGACUUUACCCGAAGACCGGUCAAGUACGAGCGGUUUAUCAGGCCGAUGGGGUUGAGGUACAAGAAGGCGAAUGUGACGCAUCCGGAAUUGGGAGUCACCGUGCAACUGCCGAUUAUCAGCGUGAAGAAAAACCCGCAGAGCCCGAUGUAUACACAGCUGGGGGUGCUGACGAAAGGGACGAUCAUCGAAGUCAAUGUGUCGGAGUUGGGAUUGGUGACCGCCGGCGGUAAGGUGGUCUGGGGCAAGUGGGCUCAGAUUACAAAUAAUUGUGAGAACGACGGAUGUGUCAAUGCUGUCCUUCUUGUCUAGCUUGGGGAAGGAGGGGGGAGGUUGUGUCUCGGGCGCAUAUGUUCUAUAUCACCACCAUUAUAUCCCGUCGAUGUUUGUUUUCAGGCGGCAUGGUCCCCCUGUGUUUUUGUGUUUUUCGCGAGAAGAAAGGAAAAAAGAAAAAGAAAAGAAGAUAUAUCGUAUGACAGAUCAACUGGCGUUUGGAUGGUAAAACACGGCUUUAACAUGUUUUGUUUUCCUUUCUUUUCCUUUUCUUGCCUCACAUGUAUGUUUGCAUUGCCCUUUCGUCCGGGGUGGUCUGACGAGGCCACUAUAUCCCUGCAUGUCAGGUCCCCGUCUGCAUGUGCGGUGGAUCCGUUUUGUGCUCUUCAUCUACUGUUUUUAGAAGCGAGACAGGGAUGCCUUUGAUUUGGCAUCGAAAUCAAAUGAUGAAUCAUCCGAUGAGAUGAGGCCACCACCCUGUUAUUGUGGUGUGAUGGAGGCAGAUGGUCUCGGGCAGCAGUACAGGGCUAGUCCGGGGUGCAAGGUGCCCAGGGGGGAUAGAUUAAAGGAGGGAUAGGAUUCCAAACCUCGUUUAUGAGCAGGAUGGCACGAUCAGGUAAUGGCAUAUCUGUUUGAAACGGCUUGGCCCGACGGUUGCGCCAGCAAAAGAUUUUCAAUGCGCCGGGCUUCAUGUUUACGUCGAAUUCCGUGUCUAGGGACGGAGUACGGAGUAUCAACCGCCGCGCAGACGUUUUGAACGGAACACCGAGCGAUGCAUGACUCAGCAGAACAAGCGCGACGCCCCGUGGAGGGCAGAGAGCAGCAGCGCCAGAGAGAGAACCUCACAUGUCAGCAUGUAUGGAUGUUAUGUAUGUAUGGAUGUAUGUACAGUAGAUUUACUACAAAUGCAAGCCGGCAUGUAGAUCGAUCUGGC